AAGCACAUCAACAUUGUCAUAGACACAAAUUUUCAAUCGUUCAUUGGUUCGUAAAAUUUUUUAAUAAAUAAAAAAUAAUUUCUUUUUAUUGUUAACAUGGCCGAUCAACAAAUGGACCUUCAGUGCGCCAUAUGUUUGGAGCAAAAACAAUCACCCACAGCUGUGACUUGUGGUCAUUCAUUUUGUCACACGUGUUUGGAAGAAUAUAUGACCUAUGUUGGAUAUGAGUGGUCAAAAGAAUGUCCAAUAUGCGGCAGUCGUUUAAAGAUCAUAAAUGACAAUGAAAACUUUACAAACGAUUCCGAUUCCAAUAUCGAAGAUGCUGAUGUUAAUAUGAAUGAACAGAACCAUAGCCUGUAAUUCAUGAGACUUGAACGUAUUGUGAUUGUCUAUUUUGAAAUUUUAUGUGGCGAAAAUAAAUGUUGUUUCUGUUUUU